AUGACCUCGACGCGGGACCAGUGGUUCAACAACACCACCGACUUGCUGAACUUGGACAACUCGGAGACCGCAGAUCUGGAUCUCGGCGCGAACAUCAACAUCAACACGAUGCUCGGAACCGGGUUUGACUCCAAAAAUUUUAGCAACGCAAAUCUAGGCAUCGCAGACCCGGACUUGGGCAAGUUUUUCCCCAGCAAUUACGAAGACAUUGACGAGUUCCUGACCCAAGAACUCAAGGACCUCGAUAUACCCAUGAUUCCCCAACGGGUUUCUUCGCAGCCAAAUUCCGGUGAUUCGGCAAGUUAUGACGCGGUCUGGAACCGCCCAACUGACAACAACGUCGAGACUCCUAGGAAAUCGCACAACCGUGGACCCAGCGGAACAGCAAUAUUUGGGUUCACGAAUCACAACAAGCAACUGAGCGUUUCAAAGUUAACCACUGAAGAAAUGGGAGUUAGUAAUAAUAAUAACAUCAAUUAUCUUCGGCCGUCUAGGGACAACUCAAAUGAUAUCGACCAAAAUUAUGAAGCCCAAGGGAAUAACCUUAAUUCGUUAAUAUUAAAACAACAAGAGGAACUACGACUGGCUUUGGAAAGGCAACAACAAAUGAAUGCACAAUUAGAGCAACAGCUAAGAUCUAGUCAGCUUCAACAACAACAACUACAGAUGGCGCUUAAGGAACAAGCAAUGGCGGCUCAACAUUUAUCGGCAAACGUGUCACCGGCAAAAAGUCCAACUUCAAGGACACCACAACAAAGUGGAAGAAACAUAAUUAUUACCACAAACAGCGCAAAUGGUGGCUAUAAGUUUCCUCCCCCUUCUGCAAGUAAUCCUCUUCAUAAUGGGGUCAUUUCACCAGUUUCAGGAACUUCAAUGAAUGGUUCGCCGAGCCGUAAAAGUUUAAGGACAAAAGGUCACCAACUACAUCUAAACGAAUUGGCAACGUUUACGGAUAGUGCAGAUGACUACUCUAGUCCCGAGAACUAUUUAGGUGCUUCGAAUGUAAGGCCUAAAGUUUCUGAUAGCACUAUCCAAAACAUGAGCAAGUAUUUCGAAAAGGUGAACAAUCAAGCCUCGUUGAAUGACCGGCCAGUGAACAAUAAUCCAAUCACUCCGCAACAACAAAUUAUUAUAUGUGGGGCUUCUUCGACUUCCUCAUCUCCCCGCAUAAACAGGCAUGGACCUAAGGAAUCAAUAUCUUCCAGCGCAUCAACUAUACCACAACUAAACGAUGACGAAGACCGCCACAUGUGCGAGCCAGCCUCAAGCAGAACUGUCGGGUUGGGAAUUAAACUUACGAACGAAAAAAUAAAACCAAAAUAUGCCCUUAACAAACCGCCGUCGCUUGAGGUUCUGCCAACGAUACCAGGCUCCAGCGACAAUACCCCACUGAAUAAAAAAUUUGGUGUAAGCACGGAUUCGAGAAGUCUACCUCAAAAACACGUAUUUCAACACACCCCAAGUAAGAAUGCAGUCAACCCUCGGGAUGCAAGGAACUCGGUAUGUGCGCAGUCACCUUCGAAACCUAUUUUCAAAACACUCAAAGAAGAACUGAAACCACCCACUGGUCAUGGUAAUAACUAUAAUGAUGAUGACUACGAUGAUGAUGAACCAGAGAGUGAGUUCAAAAUUGCUCAAACCCCUUCCCCUAUACUGAGGUCGCAAGGUAGGUUCGAAGGUUCUAGUCCACGACUUGGGCACGACCAUAUUGAAGACCAAUCCGGUGGCUAUGAGGAUGGUGAAGACUUUCAUUUCGACCAUGAGAACGACUUCAACAAUUCCAGUCCAUUAAAAAUCACGAAGAAGCCUACUACAUUACCUCCAGGUGAGAUUGAUAGAUAUGUGCAGGAACUAUCAGACAAAACGUUCCAAUGCAUGUACCCCACCUGCGGAAAAACUUUUAGAAGACGGUAUAAUAUCCGUUCACAUAUACAAACUCACUUGGAAGAUAGACCAUACAUUUGUGAUUAUGAAGGUUGUAAUAAGGCAUUUGUCCGAAAUCAUGAUCUAAUAAGGCACAAAAAGAUCCAUGCAGAGAAAUCAUUCGUAUGUCCGUGCGGCAAGAAGUUCGUAAGAGAAGACGCGCUAAUUGUGCAUCGCAGCAGAAUGAUUUGUGUAGGAGGCAAAAAGUUCAAUAACGUGGUGAUAAAAAAAUCGCCACGGCGGCGUGGAAGGCCAAGGAAAGAUGGUACGUACAGUGUCACUAGCAGUCCUGUCAAAGAGUCAGUGGCGCGUGAUAAUCAUGGGAUGAUUGCAUUACAAAUGGAGGAACAACUGCGGAAGGAGUUGAUAGAUAAUGGACUUUUAAAUCCUUCUUCCUCAAUGGCUAACAUGGAAAGCCCUUUAGAGAACGUUCGUCCAGGAAUCUGA